AUGAAACCCAAUUUACGUCCGUCGGAGCAAUUCAAGAUGAUGCGCGAGGAAGGAGGAAUGAUGCACGUGAAAACUGCUUUCUACCACAUGCAAUCAAAUGGGCAAUCCGAACGUUUCUUUGACAUACUAAAACAAGGUAUCAAGACACUUGAGGGAGAGGAGAAGCCGUCGGAAGAGACGCUGAACGAGAUCCUUCAAGCAUACCGGAUAACUCCUAACAAUUGUUUGAACAGCACGACGCCAGCGGAAGUGUUUUUAAGAAAAAAAACUCCGCUUACGGUCAAUACUACUAUGUCUGAUGAAAGAAUCACUCACGCCACCGCAUGA